AUGUCUGCCGAUCUUUUUGAUGAGCUGCUUGGUCUCGAAGACAAUUUCUAUCAAGAAGGCUACGACGCAGGACUUGCUGAUGGUGAGCAUGCUGGUGUCGUAGAAGGCAAAGUCUUUGGUGUUGAGAAAGGUUACGAGAAAGCACUAGAAAUUGGCAAAUUACACGGUAGAGCUCUGGUCUGGCAGGCGCGACAGAACCAGGAUGGUGCUAACCAGUCCCUACGGAACUCAUCCUCAAAUCGACAUGCUAUCAUCAGUCGUGUAUGCGACUCUGGGCUUGCCAAGAACAGUCGCCUGAUGAAGCACAUUGAAGCACUCCUUCUGCUGACCAACGGUGACUCGAUCGCAACAAACAAUUCUGAUCCGGCUGUUACCGAAUUCGAUGAUCGCCUUGCCAGAGCACAAGCCAAGGCAAAGGUCGUUGCAGCCAUCAUCGGCGAGCCUUUACAAGUAGAGACAGCAGCAGUCGCUGUUGGUGGUAUCGAGGAGAGCAAAGACAGUAUGCCUAAACUGGCUGGCAAACAUUUCGAAGGCCAGAAUAUUUAUGAUGCAUACUUCACCACUUCACCGCUCUCGCGACUCUCCUUCCUUCGCUCGGCCAAUGAGCUUCUCCAUCUGGCUUCACAGCAUAGGUCUGCCAAGUACCUUUGCAUGUUUGAGCUCAACCCACUCAGAGGUACAGAUGGCCAGAUCGUGCUCCUCUCAUAUGAGGAUGUGCAAUCACUGAUUGGUGAACCUUAUGCUGAGUCUGAGAGGACCCGGAUUGAGAAGUUUGACAGCACUCUCACUUCGCCAACACUAGUAUUCAUGGGACUGGACGUUGAAGUUCCUGGUGUUUCUUUGCCGACCGAGUCCUCUCAGUCGUAUACUGGCACUCCCUAUUUUGCUCUGGAUUGCAGUAAUUUACGUGAGGAAGAGCUCUCUAUGCUCACUAGCACUCAAACAUCCUUCCCACCCACAAGGGUUGAUCUUAGUCUCUCCUAUCAGCAAUCCUCGCUGUACGCUCAGGCAAGAAGCUACCUAGAUUGGGCUCAGAGAAAUAUAUUUUGUUCUGCGUGCGGUUCGCCAACACUUCUGGUCCAAGGUGGUACUAAAAUCAUUUGUCCACCGAAAGAUGCAGCUCAUCCACAUCGUCCACCACGCAACUGCCCAACGAGGACAGGUCUUCACAAUACCGCUUAUCCGAGAACGGAUCCUACACUUAUCGCUGCUGCCGUCUCCGCUGACGGUCGCCGAGUCCUGCUUGGUCGUGGGAAGAGGUGGGCAGAGAACUACUUUUCGUGCUUGUCAGGCUUUGUUGAGCCUGCCGAGUCGAUGGAGUCGGCAACUCGCAGAGAAGUCUGGGAGGAAAGUGGUGUCAAAGUUCACAACGUACAGAUCCACUCAAGUCAGGCUUGGCCAUAUCCUAGCACCUUGCUAGUCGGUACGAUUGCGCAGUGCAAUAGCAAAGAGGACGAGGUCAUCUCUUAUCCCGAGAAUGAGCUCGGAGAAGCAAGAUGGUUUGAGCUCGAUGAGGUCAAAGAUGCACUGGAUCAGGGGCAUGCUAUGUGGGAAGACCCGCCGAAAGGCUGGACAGGAAUCAGAUUGCCGUCCGACAAGCUGAUGGCCCAUAGAACAUUGAGAGGAGUAAUCAAGCUGUUUGGUAGGAGGCUUUGA